AUGCCGGAGUCCCUCCUUUGGAUCAACAAACACUCCGCAUCGACCAUGCUCUCGCGGAGUUGCGAAGUCGAAACAAGGAAGAUUCGCAAGCAUGUGCAACAUGAGCGACAAAUGAAAACUAAGGGCGCUCCGGAAGUGCCUGUCAAAGCCCUUAGGAAGAAACGACCCUUAGAGGCCGAGCCGAAGCCCAGAACUACUGCCACCCAACCCGGUCUUCGGCUUGACACGAAUGUGAAUGACCAGCGUCGUGAAGAUGGCCCACAGCGCUCAAUGCUUUCUGCAUCUUCAUCCGGAUCUCCAACCACCAAUCUUAUGCAAAGCAUCAGCACCUUUCCGGGCGUUAGACCCGAGGAGCUCCGCAGCCUCGUGUUCUACUGCCAGCGCACUGCACCUGAAUGGUCAGGCUGGCGAGAUGCCUCUUUCUGGAACAAACUCAUUCUCCAAGCUUGUCGCAGCAACCGGUCCAUCUUGCAUGGGCUGGUCGCUUUAGGAGCAUUCCACGAAUCCUGCGAAAUUGAUGAGGCUUCCGAUCUGCAACACCUCGCCCUAUGUCAAUGCAUUAAAGCCACCCGAGAGGCUUGCGAGCAUCCAAUAUCGGACAUUGCCGCGCUGAUCUCAUGCAUCCUGUUCAUAUGCCUGCAGAAUCUGCAAAAUAGCCAUAGCGCAUAUCAGUUACUCACAUCUGGUCACAGUUUGGUAUCCGACAUUGACGAAAGGUUGGCCUCUGGUACUCUGGUGCUCAGUGAUAGUGAGGUAAUGGUGCUGAACAAGACCCUAAGGCCCAUCAUUGAAAGACUGCGGAUGCGCUUCUGCAGCAUAGUCGACAUUCCUUCGGCACUGGCUUUACACGUCAUGACCCGGCAGCAGACAGCCGAACGUGGUUCACCAUUACCUGAAACUCCUGCGUCUUUCCAAACCUUGCUUGAGGCGCGGAACAAACUUGAGCAAAUAGUGGACUGGUCAGAGCAAAACGUCCAUCCUUUCUUACCGAGGGGAGAUGAAAGAUCGAGAGUGCAAGCUCUCAUUUCAAGUUGGACCCGAGCUCUGGACUUGACGAAGACAGCUACAUCGGAGCGAUACCACAGCCUUGAGAAAUCCAAGAAGCUCCUCAAAGCCGCGGCUAUUGUUGUUUCAAUUCUUUUCGACACACUGGGAACGGCCAAUGAAUGCAGUUAUGAUGACCAUAUUGGUGGCUUUUCCGAGAUCAUCGAACUGUAUCAAUCUGCCAUAGGAGGCUUUGUUCAACAUCCUCACAACGUUUCCUUUGGGAUUGAUUCCGGCGUGGUAGACACAUUGGCUUUUGUAGCCGGACGAUGUCGUGAUCCCAACAUCCGGCGGGCAGCCGUGGAGCUUUUGAGCCGAACUGACCGGACAGAAGGCGACCUUCAAGGCUGUACUGGUAGUGCCGUCUUGCAAAGACUGAUCGAUAUUGAAGAAGAAGGACUGUUUGUUCAAACAGCCGGUGAUGUGCCAGAGCUGCACCGCGUCCGCAUCUGGGAAGAUCAUCAGUAUUGGGAUUGCGGAGAGAUUCAGAUCUUUUUUGUCAAUUGCCCAUAUGACCCUGCUAUGGGCGCACAAGUAAGACGAGAAUCAGUCCGACUUCAACCGGGCUCUCUACGCAUCCCAAAGGAGAAGGCGAUCCCGAGGGAGAAAGUGGUCUCGAAGACGCCCAACAGCCUCCCUUAUGUGAAGUAUGGCCGCGGGUUCGGGUCGUUUCUGGACUCCAGGUCGACAUACCACGAAAUUCGGCUUUCGUCUUUUCACAUUCCAAUACCGAGGCUUUGA